AUGCAUGGGGCUGACUAUGCAGCUGAAGCGGCUGAACGGGUCAAAGUCAUCCAAGCAGAGGCCGAGGAGCUGUUGUCAGAGAUCAAUCGCGAGACAGAGAUUAAAAGGCAGCAGAUUGAGGACGAACAGUUGGAGCUCCAGUCGGGUCAUGCAGCCAAGAUACAAGAGCUCCAACUUGAGAUACGUGCUGUUAGAGAUGAUGCUGACGAACGAAUCCACAAGAUUGAACAAGAGAUGUUGGUGCACCAGAGUUCCAUCGAAGAUGAAGUUCUGCAAAAAUCGGCCGAGCGCUCUGAAGCCUUGAAAGCAAUUCGAGAAGAAGCACAUGAGAUGUCAUCGCUCGCAGAUGAGGAAUACCAGAAAUCUCUCGAUCAGGAAGUGGAGGCUCAUGAACGAGCUCGGAAGGAAAUGAUGGACCUCGAGGAUGAGAGGUCAAGGAAGGUCGAAGAGAUCGAGCAAAGCUGUCAGCUAUGGAUCACAGCCUUCAACCAGAGGCUUGAGCAGACGCAAGCAGAUUUGGCUUCUCGCGUCGAGCACUUGGUUGGUGAAGCAAGAGCUGCGCAAGAGGCACUCAAAGAGCGCUUUGAGGCAGCAAGCAGCUUGGACUCGGCACGGCUGAAACGGAAGGAGCUGGAAGACAUCGCCAGGGAGAAGAGAAACUUGGCUGAUGUUAGGUGUAUGGUUCUGAGCUUUCAAAGCUUACAGGCUUACAGGCAAGCACGAGACCCGAUGUUGGUGCAAAGCCUGAAGGAAUUGGCUGUGAAGAUUCGACAAGGGCAGAUGAAGCAGCCACCACCUAGGAUCCAAGAGAUGACAUGA